CACUGUGCACAUUGGCCGCUGCUGGGACGAUGUUGAGAAGCCUUUGAUUCUGCAAAGGAAGUCUGUGAUUCAUUGAUUCUGUGCUUCCCAAUUCACUUUGAUUCAUGUUGCCAAGUUCCUCCUAUCAAAUCAAGUCGUGCUGUGUAUUUGCUACCUUUGCUGUAAGGCCAUUUGUCAAGCCUUCACCGGAAAGCUCGUGACUUGUUCGACCAGGGAUCUACGAUUGUUUUGGGCCCAGCUGGCUGCGGGAAGACGACGCUUUUGCGUGAUGUUGCAAUUGGCAUGUCACGUCAGUUUCAGGUUCUUGUGGUGGACUUCUCUGGGCACCUAGCAGACAUCAGUCUUCACAGUGAAGACCUUGGCUACGUCCAAGCGAAGAUUGCUAGCGAAAUGGAGAUGGAGGCCGUCCGGUUAGCGAUCGAAGCGCAUGUGCCGGAGGUCAUCGUCGCAGAGUUUUCCAGCACGUACUCUGCGCUACAAGCAGGGCGUGUCUGUGAUGAAGCUGGUGUUCGCCUGGCGUGCUCAGUUCGUAGCAAUGUCCGCUACUUGGUGGAUGCGUUCGUCCACUGGUACACGGGUCGGCCGGAAAUGCGGGAACUGGGAUGUCUCAAUUUUCCGUUUCCUUCGGCAGUUGUGCUCUCAAGACAAUCUCCCGAGUGGGAGGUGUUGACAGAUGCUCCAGGCACAGUAUGUGGCAUGGCAGCUGGACGUUUGCCAGCUUGUGACAAGCAUCAGCAAGACAAAUAAAUGAGCAAGACGGACCUCUUUGUCAUAGAACUCUCAGAUCUAUUCAGACUGUGUCGUGUCUUUCUCUGCUGAAUCAGACUCGCGCUCAUGAAGCUCUGGAGCUCGCGAGAAAA